CACACACACACUAUUUGUAGCUGGGAUCUGCAGCUCUGAUCACAGACAUCUCCACCAGCACACCAUGAUGACAAUGCCAGGGAUCUGCUGCCUGCUGGCUCUGCUGCCCUUCACCAUCCAUGCUGCCCCCUCCAGGGAUCAGACCCCCACCGACAUCCCCACUAACUACAGAAAAGCACAGCAUCCAGCCCGACUCGCUCUUCACUUCUUCAACUACCAAUCUGGCUCUCCCCAUCAGCUGCUUGAGGUGACAGAUGUCAAAAAAGCCACCCUCAUGGCAUUUCCCUUUGUUGGACACAAAUACUACGUAGAAUUUUCAGCCAAUGUCUACCAAACAAUGGAGGAUGUUGGAUUGUGCAGUGCAUCCGUAUUUUUCCUUGAUGAGAAGCCUCACCCUUCCAUUUCUGUUAACUGCUCGGGAAGUAAAGUGCAGAAGCAAGCUAUAGAUGAUGACUAUGAGUUCUAUCAGAAAAUGAAAGCGCGAACCUCUCCACUUACUGGAGAAAAUAUUCCUGACAGCUAUGGAAACAUUGAACCACAAUUGGAGCCGGUGUGGCAAUUGGCUAUCUUGGGAAGCAGCUAUGUUAUAGUGGAUAAGGCCACAGAAGAUCGUGAUUAUACUAUGGCACAAAUUAGGACUGUAAAGCAAAUUCCACGACAGGAUAAACUCAUUGCCUUCGAUUACGAUCUUUAUCUUUAUGAAAGACCUUCAGAGGAAAUGGUGCCGUGUAAUCUGCAUGUGGUAUGGGCCCCUGGAAGAUCGCCCAAAGUGGACUACAGCUGCCAUGAUUAUACAGAGAAUGGAUCUGGUAGCAAAGCAGAAGAGGGAUCUGCCUUCCUAGGGAAUUUUAAAUAAAAUUAGUUCCUAAAAUGCAACAAAAGUUAUUUUCUAAAAGUUGAUUGCACAAAAGACUGAGUUGGCCAACUCUGAUUCACUAUUUCUUAUCCAGGCGCUAUAUUACAAGCUCAUUUCAUUCCAUUAUGGGAAUCUUUCAUUUUCACUGACAUCCUUCUUUUAUGUAGCCCAUUAUUAUGGCUUGGCCUUUUUCCUGGAAGUACUACAUAAUUCUAUAGCCUGGGCAGAGUGUCUGACUUUCUCAGACAAAAAAAAGACAUUGCUAAGAAUAUUGAUAUUUAUCUAGGUUCUCAUGCUGAAAUUCUACAUUAGCCCAUGAAUAUUAUAGCAGUGUCAACAAUUAUUGAGAAAAAUUGGCAAAAAUGUUUUAGGGUCCAUUUACACUUUAUUAUACUUUAUCUAAUAUUACACCUCCAAGUGCAAAAAAAAAAAA